GCAUAUUUACAUCCAACAUCACCAAACCAAACACCAGAAACCCUAUUCUUUAUCACUUUCUCUCUCUACAAUGGCACGUACCAAGCAAACUGCCCGAAAAUCCACCGGCGGCAAGGCACCCAGGAAGCAACUGGCGACCAAAGCUGCCCGGAAGUCAGCUCCGGCGACCGGAGGAGUGAAGAAGCCCCACAGGUUCCGGCCGGGGACGGUGGCGCUGAGGGAGAUAAGGAAGUACCAGAAGAGCACUGAGCUUCUGAUCCGAAAGCUUCCAUUUCAGAGGCUGGUCAGAGAGAUCGCUCAGGACUUCAAGACUGACCUUAGGUUCCAGAGCAGCGCUGUGGCGGCUCUGCAGGAGGCUGCUGAGGCUUACCUUGUGGGGUUGUUUGAGGAUACGAAUCUUUGUGCGAUUCAUGCUAAGAGGGUUACGAUUAUGCCUAAGGAUAUUCAGCUCGCCAGGAGGAUUAGAGGGGAGAGAGCUUGAUUUGUGGACCGCUCUGGUUUUUCUUUCUUCUCCAGUUAGGGUUUCUGCUAAAAUGACUGUCUUCUUAGUUUCAAUUUCUCAGUCUCACUACCCUUUAUUGUUUUGAUGAAGUUAGGGCAACUGUUUAGUGAACUUUUUGUUCAUUUGAUAAACUGAAAUGGAAAUUUCUGUAUGUUGAAUUUCAUUUGUCUGGUCAUUUGGUUGGAAAUUAAGUGCUUCAGUAUGUUGAAAGCUUGAGGUUUAUUUGGAAA